UAGUUUUCUUCACUCUUCCACGAUUUUCUCGGGUCUCUCUCUCGCGUUCUUCUUCAAAGCUUCAGAAUUUCCGUUCUGGUUAUUGAUUAAGGGCGCAUGGAAUCACCCGUUGGUGGUUCAAGACUCACAUCUGUGGUUGUUGCAACCCUGGAUAGUGGUGAAGUUUACAUUAUUGCCAGCUUGUCUUCUAGAACUGAUACUCAAGUGAUAUAUGUUGACCCAACAACAGGGUUGCUUCGAUUUAGUGGGAAGUUAGGUUUUGAUGUCUUUAAAUCUGAAGAUGAAGCUUUAAAUUACAUUACAAAUGGAUCACGAUGGCUUUGUAAGAGUACUACAAAUGCGAAGGCGAUAUUAGGAUAUGCUGCCUUAGGAAGCUUUGGGCUGCUUCUUGUAGCUACAAAGUUGACUGCCAGCAUUCCAAAUUUGCCUGGUGGAGGAUCUGUGUAUACAGUAACAGAGAGCCAAUGGAUCAAAAUAUCUCUUCAAAAUCCUCAGCAGCAGGGUAAAGGGGAGGUGAAAAAUGUUCUAGAGUUAACUGAGCUUGACAUUGAUGGGAAGCACUACUUCUGCGAGACAAGAGAUAUCACGCGACCUUUUCCAAGUCGCAUGCCCUUGGAAAAUCCUGAUGAUGAAUUUGUUUGGAAUGGAUGGUUAUCAAUGUCUUUCAAAAACAUAGGGCUUCCACAGCACUGUGUCACACUCAUGCAGGGCUUUGCAGAAUGUCGAAGUUUUGGAAGCUCAGGGCAGUUAGAAGGGAUCGUUGCUCUAACAGCUCGCCGUAGUAGACUGCAUCCUGGUACUCGAUACUUGGCGAGGGGGAUAAAUUCAUGUUUUAGCACAGGAAAUGAAGUGGAAUGUGAGCAACUUGUAUGGGUGCCAAAGAGGACUGGUCAGAGUGUUCCUUUCAACACAUACAUUUGGAGACGAGGAACAAUUCCAAUUUGGUGGGGUGCAGAAUUGAAGAUGACUGCUGCAGAAGCAGAGAUUUAUGUUUCAGUUCGGGAACCUUAUAAAGGAAGCUCACAGUACUAUCAGAGGUUGAGUAAACGAUAUGAUGCUCGCAGUUCUGAUAUAGCUGUUGGGGAAGGUCAAAAGAAAAAACGUUUUGUUCCAAUUACAUGCAUCAACUUGCUUAGGAAUGGAUUAGGAAAGUCAGAAGCUCUUCUAGUUCAUCAUUUUGAGAAAUCUUUAAGCUAUAUAAAAUCAACUGGAAAACUUCCCCGUACGCAGAUACAUCUUAUAAAUUAUGAUUGGCAUGCCAGUGUAAAACUAAAUGGUGAACAACAAACAAUUGAAGGACUGUGGAAACUUCUCAAAGAACCCACUGUGGCUGUUGGCAUUUCUGAAGGGGAUUAUUUACCUUCACGACAAAGACUUAAUGAUUGCAGGGGUGAAAUCAUCUAUACUGAUGAUUUUGCAGGUGCCUUCUGCUUAAGAUCACAUCAAAAUGGAGUCCUCCGUUUUAACUGUGCAGAUUCCUUGGAUAGAACCAAUGCUGCUAGUUAUUUUGGUGCUCUACAAUGUUUUGUGGAGCAAUGCAGGAGGUUGGCCAUAUCACUUGAUAGUGAUUUGACAUACGGUUAUCAGUCAGUCAAUAACUAUGGCGGGUAUACAGCUCCAUUGCCACCAGGCUGGGCGAAACGAUCUGAUGCAGUCACAGGGAAAACAUAUUAUAUCGAUCACAACACCAGAACUACAACAUGGAAGCAUCCAUGUCCAGAUAAACCCUGGAAGAGAUUUGACAUGUCAUUUGAGGAGUUCAAGAGUUCAACAAUUUUAUCUCCUCUAUCUCAGCUGGCUAAUCUUUUCCUUCUUGCUGGUGAUAUCCAUGCAACACUUUAUACGGGUUCUAAAGCUAUGCACAGUCAAAUUCUUAACAUAUUCAAUGAAGAAGCAGGAAAAUUUAAACAGUUUUCUGUAGCUCAGAAUUUUCAAAUCACUUUGCAGAGAAGAUAUAAAAAUGUACUUGUAGAUAGCUCUCGUCAGAAGCAGUUGGAGAUGUUUCUUGGAUUGAGACUUUUCAAGCAUCUUCCAUCUGUUCCAGUUCAACCUCUAAAUGUUCCUUCUCGACCUUCCGGAUUCUUUCUUAAGCCAGUCCCCAACAUCACUCCAAGUUCCAGUGGUGGGUCCAGUCUUCUGAGUUUCAAGAGAAAAGACUUGAUAUGGGUUUGCCCACAAGGUGCAGAUGUGGUUGAACUUUUUAUUUAUCUUGGUGAGCCUUGCCACGUCUGUCAGCUUCUUCUAACAGUAUCUCAUGGGGCAGAUGAUUCCACUUACCCAUCAACUGUUGAUGUGAGGACGGGACGCUACCUAGAUGGGCUUAAACUAGUUUUGGAGGGUGCUGCCAUACCUCAGUGUGUAAAGGGGACAAACCUUUUGAUACCCUUGUCAGGACCAAUUAAUGCUGAGGAUAUGGCUGUUACUGGAGCUGGUGCACGCCUUCACACUCAUAAUACAUCAACCUUGCCAUUUUUGUAUGAGUUUGAAGAACUAGAGGGAGAGCUGGACUUCCUAACUCGUAUAGUGGCAAUUACAUUUUAUCCUGCUGUUUCUGGAAGGAGUCCUCUGACUCUUGGCGAGGUAGAGAUCCUUGGAGUUUCUCUUCCAUGGAGAGGAGUGUUUAGCAAUGAAGGCCCUGGUGCAAGAAUAACCGAACUUGCCAAAAAAACUCAUGAGGAAUCCACCCUAUUCCCAUCCAGUACCGAAACCAAUCCAUUUUCCAGCGCUUCUCUAUCCAAUGAUAUAACGCCAUCAAUUCAAAAAAGUGAUUCUACAAACUGGCUUGAUCUUUUGACUGGAGAUAACAUGUUUUCUGAUCCUCUUUCUCAACCAGUGAUGCAGUACGAUGUACAUGAGGGGAGUGACAACUUGUUUUCUCAUCCUCUUUCUCAACCAGUGAUGCAGUAUGAUGUACAUGAGGGGAGUGACAACUUGUUUUCUCAUCCUCUUUCUCAACCAGUAACCCAAAACAAUCUACAUGAGGAAAAUGACUUGCUUGGUUUUUUGGACCAAGCUGUAACUGAACAUCGCGGUACCGUAGCUGAUGAUAAGCUCUCUUCAUCACAAGAUAGCAGUGCCCAGAAGUACAUCAACUGUCUAAAAUUAUUUGCAGGGCCACAAAUGGGAAAAAAAUUGAACUUUGUGGAAGCUAUGAGGCUUGAAAUUGAAAGACUCCGGCUUAAUCUUUCUGCUGCUGAAAGGGAUAGAGCUUUGCUGCCAUUUGGAAUUGAUCCUGCUAUGAUAAAUCCAAAUGUUUUGAUGGAUGAAUCAUAUGUGGAUAGGUUGUGUAAAGUUUCAAACGCCCUUGCUUUGCUUGGACAAGCUUCUCUGGAAGACAAACUUAAUGCUUCUAUUGGUCUUGGGACUGUUGACAAUAAUGUGGUAGAUUUCUGGAAUGUUAAUGGAAUUGGGGACCACUGUUCUGGGGGCAUGUGUGAGGUGCGUGCUGAGACAACAGCACCUGUACUUGCACCCUCUGCAGUUUCUUCUGUGGGAGCUUCAAAAUCUAUCUUGCUGUGUUCUGAGUGCAAAAGAAAUGUUUGUAAAGUUUGCUGUGCUGGGAGUGGAGCUCUUUUGCUCAAUAACUCAGGGGAGGUUGACAGCUCCACUAAUCGUUCUGUAACAUUGGAUAGUGUUGUUUGUAAACAAUGCUGCAGUGAUAUAGUACUCCAUGCUUUGAUAUUGGACUAUGUAAGGGUUCUGAUUAGCUUGCGAAGAAGAGACCGUUCCAAUAGGGCUGCAUAUAAGGCUUUGGACCAGGUUGUAGGGUCUUCCUCGAGGGACUUUGUUCCUGAAAAAAGUCAGUAUUCUAAUCGUCAGCAAACUGUUAGGAUCCUACACCAUUUGCUUUCUGGGCUGGAAUCACUUGCUGAAUUUCCAUUCGCUAGUUUCUUACACUCGGUUGAAACAGCAAAAGAUUCAGCACCAUUUUUGUCAUUACUUUCUCCAUUGAGUUCUGGCUCACGGCAGUCAUACUGGAAGGCUCCUCCAACUGUCAACUCUGUUGAUUUUGUUAUUGUUCUGGGCACCCUCUCUGAUGUCAGUGGAGUUAUCUUGCUUGUUAGUCCCUGUGGCUAUUCUGUAACUGAUGCUCCCACAGUUCAAAUCUGGGCCAGCAAUAAAAUACAGAAGGAAGAAAGGUCAUGCAUGGGAAAAUGGGACGUCCAGUCCUUGGCCACCUCUUCCUCAGGAAUUUAUGGACCAGAAAAGUUAGGUGCAGAAGAUAAAGUACCUAGGCAUGUGAAAUUUACCUUCAAGAAUCCUGUUAGAUGUCGAAUCAUUUGGAUAACACUACGACUUCAGCGACCUGGGUCACGUUCUGUUAAUUUCGAGAAAGACUUCAAUCUUUUGUCCCUUGAUGAAAACCCAUUUGCACAAGCAAAUCGACGUGCCUCUUUUGGUGGAGCAGUUGAAAAUGAUCCAUGUCUUCAUGCCCAAAGAAUUCUUGUGGCGGGAACUCCAGUGAAAAACGAGACGGGGCUUACAUCGCAAAGCCCUGAUCAGAUGAAUUUCAAUAGCUGGCUUGAUAGGGCUCCACAACUGAAUAGAUUCAAGGUUCCAAUUGAGGUCGAGAGACUCUUUGACAAUGAUCUGGUCUUGGAACAGUAUUUGCCUCCUGCUUCUCCUUUGCUUGCUGGAUUUCGCCUAGAUGCUUUCAGUGCAAUUAAGCCUCGAGUUAGCCAUUCUCCAUAUUCAGAUAUUGAUAAAUGGGAUACAUCAGUCACAUUUUUAGAAGACAGACACAUCUCACCUGCUGUGCUGUAUUUACAAGUAUCUGCACUCCAGGAACCAAACAACAUGGUUAUUAUUGGUGAAUACCGACUACCAGAAGCCAAGGCUGGAACUGCAAUGUACUUUGAUUUUCCCAGACAAAUACAUACCCGUAUGGUAUCGUUCAAACUUUUGGGGGAUGUUACAGCAUUCACAGACGACCCAGCAGAAGUGGACGACUCCAGUACAAGAACUUUACUGGCAGCAGGGUUGUCUCUGGCAAACAGAAUUAAGUUAUAUUACUUUGCAGAUCCUCAUGAACUUGGGAAAUGGGCUAGCCUUUCUGCAAUUUGAAUAAUCAUUCAUGCACGAGGAGAAGGUUUGAGAAUUGAUGGUGGUUGUUUUUUGGUUGCUAUUUAAUUUUUACCAUUUUUGUUUGUUGUAUAUUAGGAAAAUGUAAUAGUGGUGAUAUGUUCAUUGAUGCAAUAACAUAAUUCGUUCUUGGAAAUCAUAAUAGCCCUUGCCCCAGAUAAAUUUUGCAAGAGUACAGCAUUUCUUUGCUUCAAGAUUUCGAAUUUUCCCA